AUGAAAGCUCUCUAUGGAAUACCAGACCACUACACAGGCCCCCUCACAGGAAUACCAGACCAUCACUCAGGCCCCUCACACGAACACAGUCCAUUACACAGGCCCUCUCACAGGAAUACCAGACCAUCACUCAGGCCCCCUCACAGGAAUACCAGACCAUCACUCAGGCCCCUCACAGGAAUACCAGACCAUCACUCAGGCCCCCUCACAGGAAUAACAGACCAUCACACAGGCCCCCUCACAGGAAUAACAGACCAUCACACAGGCCCCCUCACAGGAAUAACAGGCCAUCACACAGGCCCCCUCACAGGAAUAACAGACCAUCACACAGGCCCCCUCACAGGAAUAACAGACCAUCACACAGGCCCCCUCACAGGAAUAACAGACCAUCACACAGGCCCCCUCACAGGAAUAACAGACCAUCACACAGGCCCCCUCACAGGAAUACCAGACCAUCACUCAGGCCCCCUCACAGGAAUACCAGACCACUACACAGGCCCCCUCACAGGAAUACCAGACCAUCACUCAGGCCCCCUCACACGAACACAGUCCAUCACACAGGCCCUCUCACAGGAAUACCAGACCAUCACUCAGGCCCCCUCACAGGAAUACCAGACCAUCACUCAGGCCCCCUCACAGGAAUACCAGACCAUCACUCAGGCCCCCUCACAGGAAUACCAGACCACCACACAGGCCCCCUCACAGGAAUACCAGACCAUCACUCAGGCCCCCUCACACGAACACAGAAUAACAGACCAUCACUCAGGCCCCCUCACAGGAAUACCAGACCACCACUCAGGCCCCCUCACAGGAAUACCAGACCAUCACUCAGGCCCCCUCACAGGAAUACCAGACCAUCACUCAGGCCCCGCACAGGAAUACCAGACCAUCACUCAGGCCCCCUCACAGGAAUACCAGACCAUCACUCAGGCCCCCUCACAGGAAUACCAGACCAUCACUCAGGCCCCCUCACAGGAAUACCAGACCACCACACAGGAAUACCAGACCAUCACUCAGGCCCCCUCACACGAACACAGAAUACCAGACCACCACUCAGGCUCCCUCACAGGAAUACCAGACCAUCACUCAGGCCCCGCACAGGAAUACCAGACCAUCACUCAGGCCCCCUCACAGGAAUACCAGACCAUCACUCAGGCCCCCUCACAGGAAUACCAGACCAUCACUCAGGCCCCAUCACAGGAAUACCAGACCAUCACUCAGGCCCCCUCACAGGAAUACCAGACCAUCACUCAGGCCCCCUCACAGGAAUACCAGACCAUCACUCAGGCCCCUCACAGGAAUACCAGACCAUCAGUCAGGCCCCCUCACAGGAAUACCAGACCAUCAGUCAGGCCCCCUCACAGGAAUACCAGACCAUAG